UCUGACCUAUCUGACUAAACAAUUGAAAAAAAAAAAAAUAGUUUCACCCAGGGCCCACCAAUUACGAUUUCUCACUUACAAUCAGCGAAAUCGCUGCAAACUGAUUCAUUAAUCUGGAAUGCGACUUUCUCUAAAAAGAGCAAAUCACGAAAUCUGUGGCAUUGAAAUUUGCUCGUCGUCAAAUUGGUUCAAGAAAAAACUCGAGUUUUACUUGCCAGUGUCAAACAUCUGGUCGGACAUGGCAAACCCAGCAGAUCGUCUGAAUUAUCUCCAAGACAGCAGCAGUGACACUGAGACUGACUACAAGGAAACUGAUGGACGUGGUCGACACAGGAUUUGCAAGAAUAACUUGAGUUGUGGUGGCACAUCGAAACCCAAGCCCUGCCUGGUCCAGAAGGACGGAGGUAACCUACGAAGAUGUCAUUCUUACGAAUCAACAUCACAUAGAUCAGUAAUUCAUCAUCAUGUCAAUAGAGUCCGUCCAGGAACUAUCGUGAUGAAUAAAACCCCGCAGCAGAGCUCGGUACGUGAUAGUGUGACAUCAGGCGUAACACUGAGUGACGAUCGUAUAACGUUAAUCGUUGACAAUACGAGAUUCAUAUUGGAUCCCGCCCUCUUCACAGCUCACCCAAACACCAUGCUAGGGAGAAUGUUCAGUUCAGGAAUUGAGUUUGCACAGCCAAAUGAGAGGGGAGAGUACGAAGUUGCUGAGGGCAUAUCAGCUAUGGUAUUUCGGGCUAUUUUGGAGUACUACAAAGGCGGCAUUAUUCGCUGUCCACCUACUGUAACGGUGCAAGAGCUCAGAGAGGCGUGCGACUAUCUGCUCGUUCCCUUUGAUGCCAACACUGUCAAGUGUCAAAACUUGCGAGGAUUACUGCAUGAACUCUCGAAUGAAGGAGCUCGAUGUCAGUUCGAGGUAUUUCUUGAGGACUUGAUUUUACCCUUGAUGGUCAACAGUGCGAGGCGGGGUGAUAGGGAGUGUCAUAUUGUUGUUUUACUCGAGGAUGACGUUGUCGAUUGGGAUGAGGAGUAUCCACCACAGAUGGGAGAGGAAUAUUCUCAGACUGUAAACAGCACAGCGAUGUACCGCUUCUUCAAAUACAUCGAAAAUCGAGAUGUGGCGAAACAGGUGAUGAAAGAGCGAGGCCUGAAAAAAAUACGCCUGGGAAUCGAGGGCUAUCCCACGUACAAGGAAAAAGUGAAGAAGCGUGCAGGUGGCAGAGCCGAAGUAAUAUACAAUUACGUUCAACGACCCUUCAUUCACAUGUCCUGGGAGAAGGAGGAGGCAAAGAGUAGACACGUUGAUUUCCAAUGUGUCAAAUCAAAAUCCGUGACUAAUCUGGCGGAAGCAACGGCCGAUCCAGCCUUGGACGCAGGUGGAAAUCCGAUAAUUGCAUUGCUACAACGGGCUGAACCGAUACCACAACCUGAGGUGUUGCUGCCUAGCUCGGAUCCCGAUGGCGAGGGGGCAAUGGCCCUCAUGCCAGACGCCGAUCUAGGCCGACUGUUGCCUGAUGAACUUUUGUAAAACAUUCACACCAUCACAAAUUAUCUCCACUCACGAAAAACACAUUCUCCUCUGUACAUAGUCAUCCUUAUUUUUACUACUAUUAAUUCACAUAUCGGUGCUGUAUCACUAGCUAAUUAGUCCUAAGGUAUCCAAGUGUUUUGAAUUUUUUUGCAAUUUUAAUAAAUAAACCUUUCAAAUUUAAAAU